AUGCCAUCCUUUGAUAUUGAUGAUGUCUCUAGCGAUGAAGAACUCAUGGGCAUUCCUGGUCCAGAUAUCCCGGAUCCGGAGAUAUCGUUUUCGCAGGAGAAACUGGGGGAUUUAUCGGUCACAGAAAACAAUUUGGAGGAAACAGUUGUGUUGACACUGUGCGAUGGACUUGCGAACAGCCUCACGAAAGCUGAGCGAGAACGAAUGGAGCUACUUAACUUGUACACGAUCGCGCUUGCUCAGCAGCCAAGCCCCAUUAUGCUGGGGCGGGAUCAAUUCCAGGACAUCUUUGGAGACAACAUUCGGGGCGGAAUGCUUUCCCACUUGAGUCGACGGCACUGCUUGAUUCAUGUAGAAAAUGUGCCGUCUCAGAACGAUUCAGCUAAAAUGGGUGUUAAAGUGCGAGUACAAGAUACCAGUACAAACGGCAUCCGGGUAAAUGGAGUGCAACUAAAAAAUGGGCAGACACUGGAAUUGGAUCUCGACGAUGUGAUCACGCUCUUGCGGAUUCGCCGAGAUGAGGAUGACGUGUCGCUUGAGUACAAACUUGUUCGCUCGGAUCCGCCAUCUGAUAAACCGUCAAGGAAAAGUCGAAAAAGCAGACACGAUGGCCGAUAUGUGAGACCAAGCGACAAGUUCUCGUGCGAAUUAGUGGAUGUGAGCAAUCGCUAUGGCCUGUCACCUGUGCAGGAGUCCGAUGAUGUAGUCUCUGCCAUCGUGCCCGCUCGUACGAUUGCGCACGAAACUCGCCAUCAAAUUCCAUCCGGACCUUUUGUUUCAGGUGAUGCUCCGCUCAUAACGAAAACCAAUUUGGAAACAAUCAAGCCUGAACCAGCUCAGCAGUUGCCAGCAUUAACGCGGACAAUUCGAUGCACGAUUCUAUUCGCUGAUCAAUCGACUCAAGAUUUCUCUGAGUCGAGCCAACCGAUAGAGGUUCCGAAUUUCGACUAUCGUGAAGAGCUAUCGGAAGUAUUAUCUGCAUUCGCAGCAGUCCGCACGUUUGAUGCUUCUUCAUACCAUUGCGCAACAACCGAGUCAAUCCAACAAGCUCUUAAUGGCAGCAGCGAUGUAUUGUUUUAUACCGGUGGAGGGGAUGAAGACCACUUGGUAGUUGAGGCACCGAACGGAUUAUCUACACGGCUCGAAAAAGACGAAGUUCGAAAACUCUUUGCUGAAGUGAAAACCCACGUGACGAAGCUCGUUGUUGUGAUCACACCAACCGUAGAACCAGCUCAUUUGCUUGCGGAGUGCGGAGCAGCUCACGUGUGCUUUUUAAGUUCGGCGAACAAGCACUCGCUGCGUGUUACUGCCUUCAUAAGAGCAUUAUUUGCUGGCCUGCUAAAGGGGUUCUCAACUGAGAAGAGCUACGCGCUAGCAGAAUUUGUUGCGUUGAAUGACCUGCUGCCAAUUGUACGACCGGCGGACCAAAUAUGCAAGAUGCUACCAAGCUCGGUUCAGCACAACGUCCAGCUUGGUGCUCUUGAUACUGAAGUGGUGGCAACCGAUAGAAACGUGGUUGCAUUGCUUAAUGCGCCAUUUAUCCCUGUGCUGGCUACUCAUUUUCUGGGGAGAGACGCCAUAGUCAGAAAGGCUGCGUUAGCUCAAAAAGUCAGGGUAUGCAACAUAUACGGAUCCCGCGGUGUUGGGAAGUCUUCAGUUGCCAUUCAUAUAGCAAAAACAGCCUAUCGAACGAGAGGGUACCGCAACGGAGUGCACUACUUCGCUGUAGACAAGCUGGUUGAGCACGUCCGAAGUGCUCACCAGACUGAGACCGACUCUGAUGAGGACCAAGACUUCCGAAGAACUAACCAGAGGGAGGACCCUUUGCCAAUAGUUAUCGAAGAAGUCGAAACUCUUCUUCGCUCACUCCCAGAGUUGGAUAAUGCGGAUUAUCCUACUGCAUUGCUGGUUUUGGACGGUUGUGAUAUCGUCCUCCCAGCACUGGGGAUGUUUGUGCUUAACAUUGUUCAGUCGUUCCCCGGCGUCCAGAUCCUGUUGACAUCGACUGAAGAGCUGCAGAUCGACACCGGAGAAGACGCCAUCUUGCCUGAAGAAGUUGUUCAUGUUGGAGAGCUGGGCAAACUGGACAGCGCGAAACUUUUUUUCAAAUUAGCACGGGGGCACUUGACUUCACGGCAGUUCCGACAGCGUACGUUGAAGUGGAAGCCAUAA